GAAAGAAGCGCAAAAGAUCCCCUCAAUGGCGCCAUUGCUUCCAUUGAUAUCCUCAAUAUAAUCCCCAAUUCCACUUCACCGUCCUUCCAAACCAAUACACGUAUUGUACUCUCAAUAUGGGCGAAGCACCCCCCGUCAAAGAGCACCUAGUCAUCGCCUACGCCCGCGAUCUUCCGCAAUGGCUGAUCGACGAGACGCAGGCCAAAUUCCCCGACGCCGAACUUUCCAUCCUGCAGCUACCCAAUUUCGCGCCAAUUCCUGCUGAAAUCGCACGCAAAAUCACUCUGCUCGUCACCUUCAGCAAUCUCCCCGCCCCGGAAGAUGCAUCCAAAAUCAAACUCAUCCACUCCCUCUCCUCCGGACUCGAUCACCUCCUCUCCCACCCCAUUGUCAAAGAAACCUCCAUCCCGCUCACCUCCAGCUCGGGCAUCCACGGCCCCCCAAUCGCCGAAUGGACCAUCAUGAACUGGCUCGUCGCCUCGCGACGCUUCGUCUACACCCAUGAGAACCAACAGAAACAUAUCUGGGCCAAGAAUGUCGACUUCAUGAACACCGUCCAUGAUCAAGUGGGUAGGAAAGUUGGAAUUCUUGGAUACGGAAGUAUCGGACGACAAAUCGGCCGCGUCGCUUCGGCCCUCGGAAUGCAAGUCCACGCCUACACAGCCUCGCCGCGCCCGACUCCUUCCUCCCGGAAAGACAACGGCUACAUUGUCCCCGGCACCGGCGACCGCGACGGCACAAUCCCUGUAUCCUGGCACCAUGGGACAGACAAGGCCUCAAUUCACGAAUUUCUGUCUCUGGGGCUCGACCAUCUGGUGAUCGCGCUGCCGCUGACUCCGCAGACCACCCGCAUGCUUGGAGCUGAGGAAUUCGAAAUCCUCAGUAAUGGUGUGUCUGCGGGUCGACCGCGUCCGUAUCUUACGAAUAUCUCUCGCGGCAAGGUGCUUGAUCAGGAUGCGCUGAUUAAGGCGCUGAAGGAGGGAGUGCUAGGUGGAGCCGCGCUGGAUGUGGCGGACCCGGAACCCUUGCCCGAGGAUAGUCCGCUGUGGGACACGCCGAAUGUGCAGAUCAGUCCACAUGUCAGCUCCGCAGGGAGGGAGUAUAUUCCGCGUUCGCUGGAUAUUAUGAGGGAGAAUGUGGGGAGAUUGGAGAGAGGGGAGGAGUUAUUGAACGGAUUUAAGAGGGGGAGGGGGUACUAA